AUGAAGAUUAAGAAGAUUAAGAUCUGGUUUACACGGGACAAAAGAUUAUUUGUCCUAGUAGACGGUGAUGCACCAGGUGGUGACUCCAUCAUUGUGUCCCACAUCAGCCAACAUGGAGGCAGGUGGCCGUACUGGUUCAGGAAAAUGGAGAAUGUAAAGAACCUGGGAAGGCACACGUUGAGGCUACAGGUUGUCAUGAAUGAAAGUGACAACACUGUCUUCGCAGGGAAGGAACUCCCCUCUCUCAACAUCAAGUUUACUGUCACAGAGGCAGCACCUGACAAGUUCACGGUUGGUUUGAUGGACCCCCCGUUCAGAGUGGGACAGCCCUUCCAGAUCCCCCUGGAGCUACAGGAUGAGUUUGGACACCCCACCUCAGCCACCAACAAACUACAGCCUGUCUUAGAAGCAAGUGGUCUAGACCUGACCUAUGAGGGUACAGAGGCCAAGGGGACGACACUUGUCAUCAAGAAGGUUACAGCACUGGGAGAUGUGGGCUCACAUCAGGGCAAGAACUUCAACUUAAAGGUGACUCUACCAGGGUUAGAGGAGGACACUCAGGUGCUGAAAAUACGGCUCCUACCUGGCCCCCCUAGCUCCCUGCAUGUAAAGCCUGGUGAUGACAGCCUGCAGGUAGAGAAUGGGAAGGAGCUGAGCUUUGAUGUGGAAGUCAGGGACAAGGCUGGCAACAUCUCAACACAACCUAAACUGGACGUCACAUGCAAGUUCACAGGUUCGUCAGGCCUGCCUACCUACACUGUGGACUGCAGUAACACAGGACGGGGGGUGCUCACAGGCGAUCUCAUACACGUCAGGAACAUGAAGAAGGAACAUGUGCUCAAAGCUGUCAUAUCAUGCCCAAGCUUUAGAGGCAUCCCUGCUAUAGAGAAGAGAAUCCUUGUAACCCCCAGUACACGAGCGUCCACCCUGGAACUCUCCUACACGGACCCUCAGGACACAGCAGUGCAAGUCAGACACCAAGCAGAUGUCACAUGUACUGCAGGAGAAACUCUCAGUGGCCUUACUUUCAAAGUACUUGAUGAGGCCUCAAGAGUUCUGCCCAUCACCGAAUCCAUGGCAGCCAAAAUCAAGGUGAACUGGACACCAAGACUGAACAGUAAAGAGGUCCUUAAGGGGAAUCUUCCUGCUAUUAAGGUGCCGUUAUCUGUCGCAGAGACCAAGUACUGCCAAGUCACCCUUCAUGAUCACUACCCUAUUGAACUGGGCUUCACCAUAAGGCCUCAGGCAGGUGAAGCCACCCAGCUCAGGUGCAGCUGUACAGGUGACCAGGUGGUCAGAUAUGGGGAGAAGCUGCAGGGAGAUAUCCACAUCGCUGUGGUAGAUACACAUGGCAAUCCUACCAAGCUAACACAAGGAGGUUUGAAGUACCUAAAUGUGGAAGGAGAAGGAUUGGACACAUCUGCAUGUGGAAGAGCAUUGGGGGAGAAAUCAGAUCACUUUGUCCUGAAGAAUGUCAGGUUCCACAGUGAAGGCCCCCUAGGUACCAAGGAGCUGUGCGUGACGUGGCACAAGCUGCAGGAGUUCGUGAGGCUUGUGCUGGUGCCGGGCCCGCCUGUCGGCAUGGAGGUCAUCGAUUGGACAGAUGAAGGGCCCUUGAUGGUGUACAACGGGACCCAGUUUGACAAGCCCCUAGUGGUUCAGCUGGUGGACGCUGCUGGAAACCCCUCACAGGAGUCAGGGGUGGAGGUACAGCUGGACAGGGACAGGGGACUGGAGCUGACACCAGCACCCAAGUGUAUGAAGACUGAUGCCAGCGGCCGAGCUAACUUUGGCAUCCUGACUGCCUCGGGAAAAAAAGGUGACUAUGAGUUGAGACCAAAAGCCCAGAUUGGGAAGAAAACCAUUGAAGGACCACCGUUGACUGUGAUGAUUGUGCCUGACCCCACUAAACCUGUUGCUGUGAACGUAGAGUACAACAGGAAUGCUGUGUACAUCGCUGGAGACAAGCUAACAGAGUUUGUAGUGAGUAUCCAUGCGGAGGAUGAGAGUGUGAUUACAGAAGUCCCCAUCAGUAAUGUCAGGAUGAAGGUGUGGAAACAGGACGGAGCACAGCUGGUGAAGAGACCACCUCCUGUGGCCUUUGUGUUUGAUCCUGACCCUAUAAAAGAUAAAGACAAGAAAGGGCAUUUCUACUUCAGGGACAGGAGAGUACCAGAGAAAUCUGGUGUCCACAGCAUAAUGUUCCAGUACAAUGUGUCCAGGCAGGACAUUAUAUACAGCAACCUGAUUGCCAUCAAUGUACAGCCAGGUGCACCUGUGAAGCUGGCACCCGAGGCUGUUCCAGGCACCCCCACCGUGUCCAACACAGCACGCUCAGCCAGCAGGACCCUCGUCAGGCAGCUGAAACUGGUCUUAAAGGACCAGUAUGAUAACCCAGCAGGUGAGUAUGUGAAUGGAGAAGUAGUAGUGAGAGUGACAGGAGAGGAAACUCCAGAGGAGGAGGUUCCACAGAUGGUGGGAGGGAACAAGGAGAUGACUGUCAAGCUGAACAGGGGCGUCGCUAUUGUUCAGAACUUCACCAUACAACAGAACUCACCGGGUAAAGAUGGCAAGCAGUACUUUCUGCAGUGCUCGCCCAAGAGUGAACAGAUAUCCAGGACCAAGCCCAUUCCCCCUUUCAAACUCUCCUUCAUGUUUUACAAUGAUGCCCGUAAGCAGGAGGAGAUGGCGAAUCUAACCCGAGAGAAAGACGCCCUCCUGCAGACCAUCCGCACGUACAAACAGCUCUUCGACACAACACAGCAGCUCAUCAGUGAGAUGAAGAUAUCUGUGCAUGAGGCUAAGCAGGCAGAACAGUCCCUGAGAAUGGAGCUGAGGAACCAGGCUGUACCUGCCUCCUGUCUGGAGAAUAUAGAGAAGGUGGAUGAACUGCUGGGCAUCAGGAUGCAGGAGAGAGACCAGACCCUGAACAGUCCCCGCAGACAGUGUGGACUCAACCCUGCACCGAAAGGGGACCAGGAAAUCAUGGGCAAGAUUGGUCACCUAGCGCUUGUGGAAGAUGAUGACAUAGCCCGGGUGUUGUCCUGGCACAUGGCCAGCGACAUGGACUGUGUCGUAACCGUAACAACCGCCAAGGCCAAGCAGGUGUACGCCGGGUCGCACGGUCGUCAGCAGGUCCUGCCGCUGGACUCCAUCUACAGGCGGAACCUGCCCGACUGGAACAGACCCCUCCCCCAUCUACGAGGCGGUCGGACCAACUUUGUGACGAAGGGAAACCCUGUCUAUGCACGAGACAUGCUCAUCUUUCCUCAGGACCCUGACAACUGCAAACUGGUGUUUGGCAUGCUGCUUGGAGAGACGGUUAUUUUAGACACACUAGAUGAUGCCAAUACCUACAGACAAGAGGUUGUGAAGAUCACCCAUUGCCCGACCCUGCUCACCAGAUCUGGAGACAGAAUCAGGAGUAACGGGAAGUUUGGAGGUGUCCAGAACAAGGCCAUUCCUGUGGAGAAAAUGAAGGGAGCCAUCUUUGGUGCCCCCCUCCCCCUGGCCUAUCAUGCUUUGUGUACACAGAUAGACACACUGGAGAAGUACAGAGAAGCCAUGAUCAAGAGAAUAAAUGCGGAAGAUGACCUGAACUUCCAGCUGGAGACUGAGGAACUCCCUGAGAAGCAGCAGCAGAAACAGGAGCUACAGGAGGCUCAGGAACAGUUUAGGGACAUCGAGAAGAGACUGGGACUGACACCCACAAACUUUGGCAGUCCGGUGCCGUCUACAGAAAGGAGGACCAGAGGAUCUAACAACGUCCGCAGUCAGCCCCCUCCGCCUUACGAAAACGAGUCGCCGCCAAAGCGACUUCGCUCGAGAGCUCGCGACUCACCCUCCAACAUGAACGGUUACGGGUCAAGCUCAGGGUCAGAUACGCCAACCAGGACGUCAGCAAGAAGAGCGGCAAUGGCGGCCAGCGCGGCAGACACUCCAGUCAUCAAGAAACAACGCAGAUAA